AUGUGUUAAACUUUUAUCGGGUCGAUAAAAUCAACAAACAUUUCUGCCAAAAAUGGGUGACCGAAGCGUCGACGAACCAGCUGUCGGCUGCUCAGACGACGCGGAGACACGUUCGUGUCCCGGUGACCUGCGAUCAGAUCAUUCAUCAAAACCAACAAGGAACAAAUGGAGUCAUAUGCGGCAAGCUUCUCAAGGAGUCCCACCCCGACACAUGGAGAAAGCGUUGCGGCGGAAAGAAUUCCAAUUGCCACCACAACAACACGAGUUGAUUGAACGGGAAAUGACGGUUCUGACCGAGGAGUCACAGUGCGGAAUUGGCAAGUGGAGGCCCAAAUGGCUUCAGUGUCUGGGCAAGCAGCUUCCAAUGAUUGUUCUGUUAUGUGUUUACUGUAGUAUACAGGGACUAAUCGUCAAUGGCCUGGUACCUUCAGCCAUCUCAUCUAUUGAGCGCCGUUUCAAAUUCAGCACUAGUCAUAUGGGUAGAAUAGUUCAGUUUUACGAUUUUGGAUACGUGCUUCUCUGCAUCCCGGUCUCAUAUUUCGGAGGUCGUCACAGUAAGCCGGCUGUGUUGGCUGCAGGAUUGGCUUGUAUGGCACUGGGCUCAUUAAUAUUCUCGGCUCCACAUAUCAUGUCGGACUCGUAUUCGGCGUCUCAGUCUAACAUGUCCUUUGGAACCUGUUCGAUCGAACAUUUGCUUCAAAAUGACAUGACCUCCCCGGAAGCUUUAGCGCAAAUCCAAUGCCAAAGUGAAAAUCAAGACCAGCAUUCUUCAUCAAAUCUCUACUUUUACCUGUUCUGCUUUGCACAUUUUUUGCACGGAAUCGGAGCCACUCCACUUUUUACCAUUGGAGUUUCGUAUAUUGACGAGAAUGUUGGUACUGCAAAAUCGUCAUUGUUCGUCGGAAUUUUCUACUCAUUUGCCGUGUUUGGUCCAGCAAUCGGUUUCCUGGGAGCUUCGGUGUCGCUGCAAUACCACACCGAUUUUUGGCACUUGCCUCCAGAGCAAAUUUUGAAGGUCUCAUCAGGAGAAACGGAUCCAACAUGGGUUGGAGCGUGGUGGUUGUCAUUUAUUGCUGCAUCAUUUGUUGGAUUUGUGGCGGUUCUUCCACUUGCAUCUCUGCCCAAAGUGCUUCCAGCUUCUUUAAAAUGGCAUCGCUCCCGUCUCCACGAUGCAGCUGUUGCCAACCGACGCCGAACACCUGAAUGCUGUGGGAUGCCAGGAUCGAACAAGACGGCAGCUUUGAAUAGUGAUGCUCCGAUGGCUGAACAAGCUUCCCUGCUCUACUCAUCAAUUCCUGCACGUGGAAGAGGACCGCUAUGGUAUAAAAUCUGGUUAGAUGUUCGACACAUUCCAAUCGCCAUCUACCGCAUUUUGACAAACUGGCUAUUCAUGAUCAUCACCAGUGCAAUGGCAAUCGACAGUCUGGUCGUGACCGGAGCCUCAUCGUUCAUGUCGAAAUAUCUGGAAAGACAGUUCAGUGUACGUCCUAGUAAGGCCAACUUACUGAUUGGAUGUGUAAUGGUUCCCAUGGCUGGCAUGGGAUGCAUGGUCACAGGAGGAAUUGUCAACCAUUUUCGCCUGAAUAGCAGUAAGAUGCUCAAAUUUGCUAUUGGACUUAUUUUCCUGUCAUUGCUCUUCUCGCCAAUGUACCUGAUCUACUGCCCACACGCGCCACUGGUAGGAGUUGACUCUGCAUAUCCAGAAUUUGAUGGAUCAAUCCCCGACUACAAUGCCACAUACAGUAAGGAUCCCGAACUCAUGAACAGUUGCAAUAAGCAAUGUACUUGUGAUCCUUCUGAGUACAGACCGGUCUGUGCAGAAUUAGAUGACGGUCGACAAUUCACGUACUACUCACCUUGUUAUGCUGGAUGCUCCGAAACAUAUUCGGCAUCAUUGAAGGAGUACACCGAAUGCAGUUGCGUGCCGACGAAUACUAAAAACCGACCACGUAUUGUGAAAAAAGGUGUUUGCGAGCCACAGUGCACUGAAUUGCUUUGGUUCCUUCUGCUCUUCGCACCACUUUCCUUCUGUACGUUCGCAAUUGCUGUUCCGAUCAUCUCUGUCAUCCUGAGAACUGUCGAUUACAACGAGCGAUCAUUUGCAUUGGGAAUUCAGUGGAUCAUGAUCAGAGUGAUUGGUACGAUUCCUGCGCCAGUUCUUUUUGGAUGGAUGUUCGAUGUCUCGUGUAUAAAGUAUCAAUCGGACUCUUGUGGAAGCUCGAGUGGCGGAUGCCUGAUGUAUUCGAAUCAAUACCUUGCCAACUUGUUUUUGACAUUUACAAUCAGCGGGCAAAUCAUCACAUUGGCAAUUCUUAUUGUGGUUCUGAUGAUUUUCGGAGCAGCCCUCAAUGAUGAUGCCAAUCAUGGACCUCCAACAGGUGAUCAUCAGCUAGAGGAGGCUAGUCUUGUGGAGCGCAAGGAAUUGGAGCCCGAGGAAAAAGCGAAUCUUACCCAAUAAAUUUAAGAGCCCUUCAUUUUAUCAUUUUCAUUCCCCCAAUAUAAUUGUUUUUGCUCAUCACUUCUUUUUGCUUUUUACUCUACUUUGCCAUGAUAACCGACCGUAUUUGUUCGUCUUCUCAAUCAUUUUAUAGGCGUCGAAAUGAGUUCUUGCCUGAUUAACACCUUCUCUAUGUUUUCGUCUUCAUCGUUUUAUACGGGCAUAUCCAUGCCGUCAUAUGAGAGAGACCCCCAUCACUAGUCAAUGACGGCUACAAAUUUGUUUGCCAAAAAACCCCCCCUACAAAGCGUUGUCAUUCUUUUCCAUAUUCUUGCUGUCUUUUUACUCUUUUCUUGAUUGUUUUUGUUUCCUUUUUUCAUGUUUUCCUUUUGAAAAUCCCAUCUCAAACGCUGGUAUUCUAUUUGACUUGUUUCAUCAUUUUUCUCUCCGGUUCUAGAGUAGACUUCUAUCGUUUUGUCCGAAACCUUUAAAUUGUUCUUCACUCAUUAUUUUUAAUUCCAUCCCAGUUCCGGUCAUACGAUCUUUAUUUAGUGAGAUUUGUUUUCGAUAGCUUUAGGGCUUCGGUGAUUGAUCACGGCAAAUCAACCGCUUUAAUUGUGUGUGUACUUUAUUUUCUUCGAAGUAUUUCUCAUAUCGACACCCCCCUCCCCCUUGUAUUUCUUUUUCCCAUUUUCCCAUUGCUUCAUAAAAAUACUGUG